GGCGGGGCCUCGUCCCCGCGCCCGUUUGGUCCCGCGCGCCCAGGCCCCCGGGCGGCGAGAGCGCUUCUCCCUCCCGCGGGCGGCCUCCCCAGCAGCAGCAGCUGAGCAGAGCAGGCGGCCGGGCCGGGCGGCGCCGCGCGGGGAGAUGGCGUCCUGCGUGGGGAGCCGGACCCUGAGCAAGGACGAUGUGAACUACCGACUGCACUUCCGCAUGAUCAACGAGCAGCAGGUGGAAGACAUCACCCUGGAGUUCUUCUACCGGCCCCACACCAUCACCCUGCUGAGCUUCACCAUCCUCAGCCUCAUGGCCUUCGCCUUCACCCGGAAUGAUUCUAUCCCAGAAGAUAAUAUUUGGAAGGGUAUCCUCUCUGUGGUUUUCUUCUUUCUAAUCAUUAGUGUUCUAGCUUUUCCAAAUGGGCCUUUUACUCGCCCACAUCCAGCGAUAUGGCGGAUGGUUUUUGGUCUCAGCGUUCUCUAUUUCCUGUUUCUGGUGUUUGUGCUCUUCCUUAACUUGGAGCAGGUCAAAGCAGUGAUGUAUUGGCUAGAUCCUAAUCUUCGUUAUGCCACCAGGGAAGCAGACAUCAUGGAAUAUGCUGUGAACUGCCAUGUUAUCACCUGGGAGAGAAUCCUCAGCCAUUUUGACAUAUUUGCUUUUGGGCAUUUCUGGGGCUGGGCAAUGAAGGCCUUGUUGGUCCGCAGCUAUGGGCUAUGUUGGACUAUUAGCAUCACCUGGGAGCUCACUGAGCUGUUCUUCAUGCAUCUUCUGCCUAAUUUUGCUGAAUGCUGGUGGGAUCAAGUCAUUUUGGACAUCCUGCUAUGUAACGGGGGUGGCAUCUGGUUGGGCAUGAUAGUUUGUCGUUUCUUGGAGAUGAGGACCUAUCACUGGGCGAGUUUCAAGGACAUUCAUACCACCACAGGGAAAAUCAAAAGAGCUGUAUUACAGUUCACUCCAGCUAGCUGGACCUAUGUUCGCUGGUUUGACCCCAAGUCUUCAUUUCAAAGAGUGGCUGGAAUAUACCUUUUCAUGAUCAUCUGGCAGCUGACUGAGUUGAACACAUUCUUUUUGAAACAUAUCUUUGUAUUCCAAGCAAGUCACCCUUUAAGCUGGGGUAGAAUUCUCUUCAUUGGAAUUAUCACAGCACCCACUGUAAGGCAAUAUUACGCCUACCUCACAGACACACAGUGCAAAAGGGUAGGAACUCAGUGCUGGGUGUUCGGAGUCAUUGGUUUCCUUGAAGCUUUUGUGUGCAUAAAGUUUGGUCAAGAGCUCUUCUCCAAAACACAAAUAUUGUAUGUUGUGUUUUGGCUUCUUUGUGUGGCUGUUACGACUUUCCUGUGUUUAUAUGGAAUGGUUUGGUAUGCGGAGUACUCUGGCCACCGAGAAAAGACCUUGUCGGAAAGCGAGGACAGCACAUACAGCCCAGAUGCCUCAUGGCUUCAUUCUAAAUUCACUAAAGGUACUGAAGAUAGUCCACCAAAACAUUCAGGCAACAUUGAGAGCCAUUCAUCUAGAAGAAGGAAUCGUCAUUCCAAAACAAAAGUAACCAAUGGAAUUGGCAAGAAAUAAGAUCAGUCUCUAAAGAUGUUCCAGAGUAUGCCUAGAUAUGAGAAGGAAAACUGGACCUGGUUCUGAAUUCCCUAUUAGAAGGUUAAUAAGAAAACAGGUGGAAGAUGAGGGAAAAUGUUUGCAGCAACCGAAGGGUCUAAUACCUUUUAAAAUGUAGCCAUCAGUGUAUUGCAGAUCAUUGUCUGUUGCCAUGUGCCAUUCACUGACUUAAAUCUAAUUUCUUCAGCACUUGGCAUUCAGAAACAAGUAGUAGUAUGUUGAAAGGAAAAAUAGUUUGCUCUUGGCAGGUAUGUGAAGGUGUAUGUUCAGGUAUCCCGAUUUGCAUUUUUAAUAUCUUUGUUAGUUGAGAACAUUAACCCAAAGGCUAAUGGACAAUGACCAGACGUUUUGGGGUUUUUUGUUUGAUUUGGGGGAGGGGAACACCAUGGGAUUGGUUGGUUGUUUUUGUGUCUUUG